GUAAAAUUUAACUUCCUCCUUCACACAUAUUCCCAACCCAAUUCAUUUUAGCCCUUUCUCUCUUCAGCCCUAAUUCCUGUGAUGCUUGUCUAUCAUUGAUACACAGACACGUAAUUCUGCCGCCAGUAUAUUUGAAGGCGAGCUUCUCCCGGAUUCACCGUCGGUCUUCUACACUUCUCUCCGAUUGAAGUUUGUACACCAAGUAGAAUGAGCUUCAGAGAAGGAAGAGGCAGACCUCGUCGGGAUUACCCUUCCAGAUCAGAAGAUAGAUCCUACCAUGGUCGGGGGAGUAAUCCGCCUUCAAGGCACCUCUGGGUUGGAAAUCUUCCUCAUAACUUAAGUGAAAGUGAUGUAGCGCAUCACUUUUUACACUUUGGAGAGCUUGAGAGCAUUGCAUUUCAACCAGGCAGGAGCUAUGCUUUUAUUAAUUAUAUAAAUGAAGAAGAUGCCUAUGCUGCCUUUAAAGAGCUUCAAGGUUUUGGUAUCGAAGGCAAUCCACUUAGAAUUGAGUAUGCCAAGGCGGAAAAAUCAUUAGUUCCACCACGUGAUGCAGACUACGCUGAGCGAGAACAGAGGGACAAUUCACAUCCCAGGGGACGAGGGUCUCCCUUCUCCUCGAGGGACGCAAGAAUGCGUUACUCUAGUCCUGAGUCAUUACAUCACAGAAAAUCCAAGACCAAUGACAAAAAUGCAGAACCAAGUGAAGUCUUGUGGAUUGGAUUUCCUGCCCAACUAAAAGUAGAUGAAUUUCUUUUGAGAAAGGCCUUUUCACGGUUUGGUGAUAUUGAGAAGAUAACUGCAUUUCCAGGCCGCACUUAUGCAUUUGUUCGAUUCAGAGAUGUGAUGGAGGCCUGCAAUGCUAAAGAAACUCUGCAGGGUAAGUUAUUUGGAAAUCCCCGUGUACAUAUAUGUUUUGCAAAGAACGAGAUGGGGCCAUCAAACAGAGAGAGGAACUCAAAUGUUCCUCCUUCACCACACAUUGUAAAAUAUGGACGGACUGAAUGUUUUGAUUAUUUCCCAGCUGAUAGGGAGUAUGGUCAUAAAUCUGGGGAUCCCAGCAUGAGAUCUCCUUCUGUGUCGAAUAUGGAUCGUCGUGAUCGCAACAUAAGGAAUAAUAAUUCGUGGUCCGGGAGAAAUGAUAUCCAUGAGCGGAGAAGAUUCAGCGGUCAAGGGUCUGAGCUAGGGUUAUCCCCAGAUAUUUAUGAUCAUCCCCAUAGCCCUUCAAGGAACAUGAGAGUACGUAUUCGUGAAUUCUCUCCUGAAGGUUAUCCUCAUCAAGGUCCUAUGUAUGAUGAUCCAUGGGAUUUACCUGAAGAUGUCUCUCUCUUGCACGGGACAAAAAAAGCGAAGACCAUCACAUUUCCUACUGAUAAUGAGUUACCAGAUUUUCCAUUAUCUGAUUUGGAGAGAUCAAAACGAAUGCCUUCUCGUAAUAUUCCUCAGUCUGGUCUCCUAGAUGAUGACAAUUCCAGACAUUCAGGUUAUAGAUCCAUUCCUGAGCAUUUGAUGAACACUGGCCAACCAUUUAUGGAAAGGGGUGAUCAUUGGAAUGCACCAUAUGACGAUUUUCAGGUUGCUCCUACGCCGAUGCCUCCCCUUGAUCGGAGAAAAUUUACUCCUGACUCACGUGUAUCUUCCUCAAAAGAAGUGUGGAGGUGGGAGGGAAUGAUAGCCAAGGGAGGAACAAUGGUUUGCCGUGCUCGCUGCUUUCCUGUUGGUAAACCGCCGGACAUGGUCCUGCCCGAAAUUCUCGAUUGUACAGCGAGGACCAGCUUAGACAUGCUUGCAAAGCAUUACUAUCAGGCGGCUAGUGCUUCGGCUGUAUUUUUUGCCCCAGCAAAUGAUCCCGACAUUUCAUAUUACAAUGAAUUCAUGAGCUAUCUUGGGGAGAAGCAGCGGGCAGCUGUCGUGAAAUUGGAUGAACGGAACACCUUAUUCCUUAUACCUCCGUCCGAGUUCUCUGAAAAAGUUCUGAAAGUACCUGGUAAAGUGAGCAUAUCUGGUGUUGUCUUGAGGAUAGAUCCUUUUGGUUCUAGCUAUGGCUCCCUCCCUCCAAACGAAAACCGAGAAACUUCAUUCAACUCGUUUCAGAAUGACUCAGUAGACCAGAAUCAAGUCUCACCCUCGCUGCCUUACUUGCCGCCUCCACCACCUCUUACUGGAUAUGGAAAACCUGCAACUGUAGCUCCUAUUCUGGGGAAUUCAUCUUCUGAUUAUGAUCGGAAGCCUGCAAUCCCCCACGAUUAUCAGAACUCGAACUCCAGUAUUAGAGAUAUUACACCACAGGCAUCCAAUCCUCCAACGAGUUCCAUGGGUCAUCCCUACUAUUCAGUUCCUCGACAAAUGCAGGAAGUAACUCACAGUAACUAUACACCUGGUAACUCCGGUCUCCCCACCAGUGGAAAUGGAAAGUGGCCUAUUCAGGAGAACCCUUCUAUUCCUUCACCAUCGCCUGUUGCAGGUCUCCCACCGGAACUUGCUCAGCUGGCGUCGUCUCUUCUCAGCCAACAGGGACACUCGAGCUCCGGAGAGUAUAAACCAUCAGGAGGAAACCUCAAUCAACCUGGAUACCUGCACAGAAUGCCCCAAAAUUACGGAUUACCUAAUGAUCAGAUGUCCUCCGAUUUCCCACCAUCACAGUAUAAUAAUCAAGCGCGGCAGCUGCAGCAGCAAUCCCCAAAUUUAGUUGCAUCCCAACGAGAGGCUCAGUUAACUCACCAGCAGCAGCAACAACUUCAAACUGCCGAGCAAGAUGAUCCCGAUGCUGACCCACAGAAACGUCUGGAAGCAACGCUGCAUCUCGCUGCAGUGCUUCUUCAGCAAAUCCAGCAGGGAAAAGGUACCUGAAAGAUUGAAACUGUUUGUAACAUUCCAGAGUUUUAUCAAAACUGGCUUUCUGCGUUGCGUUACCUCUUGUACUUGUCAUGGAUUGUUAUCUAACAGUAGAUUAGAAUGGAAUAAUAUGUGGAUAAAUGCAUCUGCACUUGCACUUUCAUUCUUCAAGUUGGCCUUGUGUUAUUUGUUUAAGCAGAUAGGAUUCAGGUUAUAUUCCUCAAUUUUUGAUUUUUUUAAUUCAAUUGAGUAUCUUUAAAAUCGGUUAAA